AUGGGUAGUAUUCCCAGUCUGGAGACCAACGAGAUAGUUGGUACUCCCACUUCUAAGACGGAGUCCCUGACUCCGACGACUGGGGACGACGCAUUGUCCCAGGCCAUGAUUCAAGCACUAGAGAGGGUCAUAGGAACCCAUUCGGGAUUGAAUUGUUCAGGGGGUCAUAGGAGUUGCUCCUACGCAUCUGAAUAUGAUAAGUGCGUGAGGUUUGAGGAAGGAUUGAGAUAUGAUCUGCGGAUUCUGAUAGCUCCUCAGAGGGAGCAGUGCCCUAAGAAGCAAGCGAGGUUUGACCGGCCCCCGAGGGCUGAGGCACCAGUUGUAGUGACUGAGAUUCAGCUGUGCAGUGAUUGUGGGAAACGCCAUCCGGAUGAGUGCUGGAGGAAGUUAGGAGCGUGCUUCAUUUGCGGGUCAAUGGAGUAUCAACCUUUGAAAGUGGUUCAGCAACCGCCUAGAGGUUGCAGUAUUGGUAGAGGCGGUAAUAGUUUGGGGAAAGGACAGAGGGCACUGGGUAGAGGUGCAGGUCAAACUGAGACUCGUCAACCGGUAUUGGUUUAUGCGGUGAGACGCCACGAGAAGAGCGAUGAUGCUAAUGUCAUUACAGGUACCUUCUUUAUUCAUUCUUUUCAUUACUAUGCUGUCAAUGAUAUUGGCUCUAAUCACUUGUACAUUGCUAGUGUUGUUUCUGUAAAUCUGGGUUUAGCUACUAAAAAUAAUGCUAGAGAGUUUUCUGUGAUUAGUCCUUUGGAACAUCAGGUCAGUUUAGAUUGUGAAACUAGAAUAUUUACUUUGAAAACGGAUGAGAAUGAUGAGGUGGUUAUGGUUGGUGAGCAUCGAGAUUACCUCUCUAAUGUAAUCUCCGCUCUUGUAGCAGAUAAGUUAGUCCAAAAGGGGUGCGAGGCAUACGUUGCCUACAUAUCUGAUUCUGUCCCUGCAAAACUUUCUGUGGGAGAUAUAUGCACCGUGAGGGAAUUCUUGGACGUCUUUCCCGAGGAAUUGCCCGAAGUCCCUCCGGAUAGAGAGGUAGAGUUUGAAAUUGAUAUGUCACCAGGUACUUCUCCGGUGUCCAUUGAGCCCUACCGCACGGCACUGAAAAAGAUGACCGAGCUGAAAGCACAGCUUUAG